UAGAUAGACAAAAACAUCAGCCAUGAAAACAACAUACCUUUUUCUUGCAUAUAUUUCUCUCCUAACACUUUGUUUGUGUCCUACAAGAGCAGCCACAAGUGAAGCAGAGGGUUUGAUGAGAUGGAAAUCCAGCCUAUCAUCUUCUGCUUCUCUCGAGUCGUGGUCCGUCAACAACAUCAGCAACCACUGCAGAUGGAUUGGCAUUCGCUGCAACGACGAGGGAUAUGUCUCUGGGAUUGAUCUCCCCGGUGCAGGCCUUGCAGGAACAUUGGACCAGUUCCAUUUCACUGCAUUGCUGAAUCUCACCACUUUCAACCUCAGUGGAAAUUAUCUCAAUGGCUCCAUACCAGGUGCUCUUGGCAACCUCACAAGCCUCACUCUCUUGGACCUCUCCGCCAAUCUGUUUUCCGGUGCCAUUCCACCAGAGAUCGGCCGCUUGACAGAGCUUCGAUACCUGAGCUUCUUCAAUAACCUCAUGGUUGGAGAAAUCCCAUAUCAGAUUGGCAAUCUGAGGAAGGUGCGCUUCUUGGAUUUGGGCUCCAAUACCUUUGAAACUCAUGACUGGUCUCGAUUUCCAACUUUCCCUUUCCUAACUCACCUUAAUCUUGGUUGGAAUGAACUCAACUCGGAAUUCCCACACUUCAUAACCACAUGUCUCAACCUUACUUUUCUUGAUUUGUCUCUAAACUACUUCACGGGCCAAAUUCCUGAAUCAUUGUUCACCAAUUUGUUCAAACUUGAAAAUCUUGACCUCACCAGAAAUGGUUUUCAAGGUCCCCUGUCACCAAAUAUCACUAAUCUCUCCAAGUUGAAGGAUCUUCGCCUCGGCGACAGCUUCUUCUCUGGCAACAUUCUUGAUUCAGUAAGCCUUAUUCCAAGCCUACAAAUUCUGGAGCUGUACAAUAAUUCGUUUAUAGGAGAAAUCCCUCCUUCUAUAGGCCUACUCACGAAUCUCCAAUUUCUAGACCUUGAAAUGAACAGAUUCAAUUCCUCCAUUCCCCGAGAGCUCGGCCUGUGUAACAAGCUGACCUACUUAGAUUUAUCCCAUAAUUCACUCUCAGGGCCAUUGCCGAUAUCCUUGUCGAAUCUGGGCAAUUUAUCUGAGUUGAGCCUAUCUAAUAAUAGCCUAACUGGUGAAAUAUUGCCCCAUUUCGUCAAGAGUUGGAGAAAACUAAUCUCAGUAAUAAUUCAAGAUAAUGAAUUCAGUGGGGAGCUUCCAUCAGAAAUAGGCUUGCUCACAAACCUCAAGUAUCUGAUUCUCUAUAAUAACUCGUUUUCAGGCAGCAUCCCACCAAAGAUAGGAAACCUACAAAAUUUGUGGUGGCUGGACCUUUCAACCAAUAACUUUUCAGGUCUAAUUCCAUCUACUAUCGGAAAUCUUUCAAAGCUGGAUAUCUUAGAUCUCUCUUCCAACAAAUUAAAUGGUCCAAUACCAUCCAUUAUUGGAAAUCUUUCAAAUAUGGAGUUCUUACGGCUCUCUUCCAACAAAUUAAAUGGUGAGCUCCCAUCCUCACUUUGCAAGUUGUUACAUAUUCAGUCUCUUCUUCUCUCGAAUAAUACUUUGGAAGGAAGACUAUCACAUUGCUUUGGAAACUUCAGCAAAUCAUUGACCAUCUUUCACCUAAACAUGAAUCAUCUUAGUGGCCUCAUUCCAUCUAUCUUUUCUAAGAAUUGUAGUCUUAUUUCCAUCAAUUUGGGUAAUAACAAAUUCCACGGACGAUUACCUAAAUCCUUAGUCAAUUGCCGAAGUCUAAGGGGUCUCGACAUUGGAAAUAAUAGAAUAAAAGAAGAAUUUCCCUUUUGGAUGGAACGCCUUCCCAAGCUUAAAGUGCUAGUGCUGAAGUCUAACAAGUUUGAUGGCAACUUAUCACUUCCUUCGCCAACGAAACUUCCAUUUCCUAUGUUACAAGUUCUAGAUAUAUCUCAUAAUGCAUUUGUAGGCUCUCUCCCUGAGAGAUAUUUCAAGAAUUUCAGAGCAAUGAUAGAGGAAAAGCAAAGAGAUGGCACAGUGAGUUCUUACGACAAAAAAGAAGAUGACCAGUAUCAAGGUUUUAUGGAGAUGAUAGUCACCUUGAAAGGUCAGGAUCAGUUGUUGAAUAGACUGCUGGAAACCUUCACAACAAUUGAUUUAUCCUCCAAUAGUUUCUUUGGGACUAUUCCACCUUCCAUAGGGAAUCUUAAGAUUCUCAAAUAUUUGAACCUAUCCCACAAUAGCCUCACAGGAAAUAUACCUUCAUCUCUUGGAAACAUGAGCCAACUCGAAUCGCUGGAUUUGUCAACAAACAAACUGGAUGGAAAAAUUUCAGGUGAAUUGACUAGGUUGACAUUUCUUGCGAAAUUAAACCUUUCAAUGAACAAUCUUGUAGGGCAAAUACCGCGAUCUAACCAGUUCUCCACAUUUGAGAAUGAUUCAUAUAUUGGAAACUUGGGAUUGUGUGGACUUCCGUUGACAAGAAAAUGCAAAGAGGAUGAUGGACCAACGGUAAACCCCGCAGGUAAGAAAGGCAACAACCUAUCCUUUUUGGAAGAAGUUGGCAUAUCAAUGGCCUUUGGUUUUAUUUUCGGUUUCUGGGGAGUUAUUGGUUCUUUCGUACUAAAGAAAUCAUGGAGAUUUGCAUUCUUCAACUUCUUUGAUGCUGUUGGAGAUUGGCUCUAUGUUAGGAGUCUUGUGCUUGUAUCUAAAUGGAGACGGACCUAAAAUAAGGUCCAGCAAAGGAAGCCGCAAACGAUGAUUGUGUUGGAAUGAUUUGAAUUAUGGCGUCAAAUUCACGUGAUGCUAGCAGAACAGGUUGAGGAAUCAAAGUCAUCGUUGUGCUAUGAAUAUGCUCGAUGGACCAUUGGACAUCCUUUUUAAGUUACAAAAUUGUCCUUUUAUUUGUAAAUUUGUUACUUCCUUCUGAAUAGGUAGGGUUUCAAACCACUUAUAAAUAAUGGAUUUCAUGUUUUUCAAUCA